AUGACCGGACGUGGUGGAGGCGGCGGUCGCCGCGUAUUGCUACCACCCAUCAACAUGAUCUUCAAGCUCCUGCAAACGAAUGCCGUCGUUAGCGUGUGGCUGUACGAGCAGCUUGGGAUUCGCAUCGAGGGCAAGAUUCGGGGCUUUGACGAGUUCAUGAACUUGGUCAUCGACAACGCCGUCGAGGUUGGACUCGUGACGAAAUCCUCGACGAACACGGAGGAAACGCGGAAGCCGCUAGGUACGACUCCCGGGUCGGGCCGGAGACGAUGGACUAACCCGGGCGCAGGCCAAAUUCUCCUCAAGGGCGACAACGUGUCCCUCAUCCAGAGCGUCUCGUCGUAA